GGUGACGUCACUCGUUGCCCUUAGGCUUGUCUCGUGACGUCAUCCCACAGCGCCGGAAGUGGCGCGUCCCGGAAGAGAAACGUGAGGUUGUCUGUGUCCGCUGUUUCGAGAGUAAUGAUGCGGGUGUGCUGGUUGGUGAGACAGGAUAGCCGGCACCAGCGAAUCAGACUUCCACAUUUGGAGGCAGUGGUGGUUGGGCGUGGCCCAGAGACCAAGAUCAUUGACAAGAAAUGUUCUCGACAGCAAGUACAGUUGAAAGCAGAGUGUAACAAAGGAUAUGUCAAGGUAAAGCAGGUAGGGGUCAAUCCCACCAGCAUUGAUUCAGUCAUAAUUGGGAAGGACCAAGAGGUGAAGCUGCAGCCUGGCCAGGUUCUCCACAUGGUGAAUGAACUUUAUCCAUAUAUUGUAGAGUUUGAGGAAGAGGCAGAGAGCCCUGGCCUGGAAACACACAGGAAGAGAAAGAGGUCAGGCAACAAUGAUUCUAUAGAAAGGGGUGCUGCCCAGGAAGCUGACUCCCAUACAGGACUGGAACCUGGGAGUGACCCUGGCCAAUGCUCUGUGCCCUCAAAGAAGGAGAAAGAUGCAUCUACCAAAAAGCAAUCAUUGGGCCACUGGAGUCAAGGCUUAAAAAUUUCUAUGCAGGAUCCCAAAAUGCAGGUUUACAAAGAUGAGCAGGUAGUGGUGAUUAAGGAUAAAUACCCCAAGGCUCGUCACCACUGGCUGGUCUUACCAUGGGCUUCCAUUUCCAGUCUGAAGGCUGUGACCAGGGAACAUCUUGAGCUCCUUAAACACAUGCACACUGUGGGGGAAAAGAUGAUUACAGAUUUUGCUGGGUCCAGCAAACUCCGCUUCCGAUUGGGUUACCAUGCCAUUCCCAGCAUGAGCCAUGUACAUCUUCAUGUGAUCAGCCAGGAUUUUGAUUCUCCUUGCCUCAAAAACAAAAAACAUUGGAAUUCUUUCAAUACAGAAUACUUCAUAGAAUCGCAAGCUGUGAUAGAGAUGGUACAGACCGCUGGCAGAGUGAGUGUCCGAGAUGGGAUGCCUGAGCUCUUGAAGCUGCCCCUCCGUUGUCACGAGUGCCAGCAGCUGCUGCCUUCCAUUCCUCAGCUGAAAGAGCAUCUCAGGAGACACUGGCCAAAGUGAUUCUGUGGAGCCUGAACUUUUGCAGCAGGUGUGGCUGAUUGUUUAGAGCAAAUUUCUGGCACCUGUUCUGGAUUGCUUGUGAACUUUUAUUUCUUGAAUUAAAACAUGCAGCUUCCCCCGCCCAAACAAAGCUUCUUCUGUUCCUGAGUGGCUCCAAUAUGGGAUGACCUGAAAUAGUUCAAGAAUUAGGAAUUUGGGGUUGUUUUGGAUGUGUUCUCUGGUGAUGGUGGCUGGGACAGGCCUGAGCCCCGAUCUCCAGGAUCCAUGUCAGGUCUGACUCACGGGGAGCAAAGCCAUGUUCACACUGACCUAAUGUAAGAUAUGGAAUCAGAGAGCAGGCUAUAUAUUUCUGUUCUGUACAUUUAAUCCUUCCUCCCCAGAGGCAUGUGGUACCCUUCAUUAGAGCAGCUCGAGAGGUCUGGUAUUUAGCUUAAAGGCACUAAUUGGUCUUGUUCUCUGAUCUUAAUCUGUUCUGUAAUAUUCUUUCUCUUUCCUUUCUUUUUUAAUUUAAUUUAAUUUAAUUUACUUAUUUAUUUACUUAUUUAUUUGGUUUUAAAUCUUCAGGGUUUUUUUUUUUUUUUUUUUUAAUUUUCAUCCAAAUUAGUUAGCAUAUAGUGCAACAAUGAUUUCAGGAGUAGAUUCCUUAGUGCCCCUUACCCAUUUAGCCCAUCCCCCCUCCCACAACCCCUCCAGUAACCCUCAGUUUGUUCUCCAUAUUUAAGAGUCUCUUAUGUUUUGUCCCCCUCCCUGUUUUUAUGUUAUUUUUGCUUUCUUUCCCUUAUGUUCAUCUGUGUCUUAAGGUCCUCAUAUGAGUGAAGUCCUAUGAUAUUUGUCUUUCUCUGACUCUUUCCUUUCUUCAUGGAGAAAUUAGUUUCUUCUGUUCCUUUCAUUCCUUUCUAUCCAAAACCAUCCAUGCUUCCUUCUUAGGAAGUGUCUCACCAGUACUUAUUUACUCUGAGCAAACAGGCUUGGUGAGGGGGUGGAGAGAUGGGUUUUUUUCCCCUAAUAUCAGGGGUUCCUGGCUGAUGAGGAAAUACUCGGCCAAAUGUUUGUUCAUCAGGGUUCAGCUGUCAAGCCUUCUUGCUGGCCUGCUUGGAUCUUUUGUCUGAAAAUAAAGUUAUUUGUUUGGGGCAGCUCUCUUAGGUAGUUGAAAAUUAUUGGGAGUUCAGGUAAUAGUCACAAACUCAGUUCUGAUGCAUGUAGAGAUCAUUGUUAACUGAAAAGUUGCAUAGAACCCCAUAGCUUCAUUUUUUACUCAGAACAAAUUUGGAUGUCACUGUUGGAGCAAAUCUGUUUUUGGAUAAUGUCAGAACUAAAGGUAAAAGGAAAUCUAAAAUGUUGCUUUUGAUUGCAUUGGUGAUCCAUUUGAGGAUGUGGCUCUUUUUGCUCUUGAGUUUGUUAAAAAAAAUAAAAGAAUACCCUUAAUAAUAA